CUCUGUUCAGUAAUGCUUCUGGGAAGCACUAGGACAAGGAGACAUUCCAGCAGGCUUCAGCAAGAGCCAGCAUUACGCAGCUCUCCUUUUGAUUCGAAGAUGUCAGUGUUGUCAGGGCAACUGUGAACAGCGGCGUAUCAUAUUUUCUGCUUCUGUGCUGUGUGCUGAAUAUUUUAGUGUGCUGAAGCCGGCAGAAGGUUAGAGUAAGGUUCUGGUGCAGUAAGACAGGCUGCAUAUUGAAUCUGGCUGAGCUUCAAGGAAAAGAAGCAUCCAAUAUUUCCUAGUUUUUCCAAUCUCAAGUAGUAGGAAGGCAAGGGUGGUGGUGGGGGGGGUUGCAGUUUCCAAGGCUUCGCACAAGCUAGUGGAUGUUGGCGUUGGCAUUCUAUUCCCUCUACCUUUGGAGGUUGUCUGAGAAAUCUUGCAGAUGAACAAGGUACAUCAGUGACCAAUUCUUCCUGGGGAGCUGCGCUAGGAAGAGCAGGAUACAUGCUGAUAUUUCUUAAACCCAGGGGGAAAAAAUCAGCGGCAGGGAAAAUGCCAGGAACAUCUACAGCCAUACGACAUGAAAGAAUAAAGAAAUCAGGGGCCAGGCCUACUCCCCCAGUAUUAUUCACCAUCACUGAAGAGGAUGAGCCUCAAAAGAAUGGGACUGUCAGGAAAACGAAAGCUCCUGAUGGCUGUAAUGCCAUCAUCCAAGAAAAGAAGGCUACGUCGAGUCGCCCACCUCCACAUGUUGGACCUAAGCCAGAACUACAAAUUACUAUGAAGGUUGAUGAGCGUCAAAGACUUGCUCGAGAACGUCGAGAGGAGCGGGAGAAACUAAUGGCUGCCAGAGAAUCUUUAUGGUUAGAGAAGGAAACUAGGGCUCGCCAGCAUUAUGAGAAACAACUAGAAGAACGCAAGAAGAAGCUGGAGGAACAGAGGCUUAAAGAGGAAAAACGACGAGCUGCAGUUGAUGAGAAGCGAAAAAUGAAAUUAGAAGAGGACAAGGAACGCCAUGAAGCUGUGGUAAAACGUACGAUUGAAAGGAGCCAGAAGCCAAAACAGAAAAACAACCGUUGGUCCUGGGGUGGUGCCCUGCAGAGUAACACUAGCAUUAGUAGCUCAGAUCCAGACAGGCGAUCCGUUUCAACAAUGAACCUUUCGAAACAUAUCGAUCCAGUUAUUAGCAAGCGACUCUCGACCUCAUCUGCAACAUUACUUAAUUCUCCUGACAGAGGCAGGAGACCACGGCUCAGUCCAUGGGACAGCAAUGUUGUUAGCAGACUGCUAACACCCACUCACUCGUACCUGGCCAGAAGUAAGAGCACAGCUGCCCUGUCUGGAGACUCAGUUAUGCCAAUUUGUCCUCGUUCAGCAUCUUGCAGCACCAUCAUCCCUCAGCCCUUCAAGAGUACAAAUAUUAAAAGCUCAGAGAGACCAAAGCAUUUUGUUACGACUCCAGAAGCCAUAUUCAGGAGGAGAACAACACAGUUUACUGUUCAUGCAGAGAAAAAAGAUAAGGAACGUGAAAAUGAGAGGGAACAUUUUCUGCUGAUGCCCACUUCAAAUAUUAAAAGAGCUAAUUCUCCCACUGUUCCAAAACUUAGAUCCCCAACACCCAUCGUUGCAUGGCUUCCACAGAAAUCACCAGCAUCUUCUACCCAUCCUAUCAAAGCCGUAACUAAUCCCCAACGCCCACCCUCACCUGGAAAUGUCCGUCCAAUCAAAAAAGAGGUGAAAGAAGACCGUAAGAAAAAACCUGACAUGAUGGAACCUAUUGAAGCCUCUACUAAAAAUCCAGUGGCUACAGAGCCAGUAGAUUCAUCAGAUGUAAACACAACUGAACCAAGGCCUCCUGCUCUCAGUCUUGAUGGUGUACCAGCUUCUCCAGUAUUGCCAUCUACACCAGUUUUACCUUCACCCACACUGGCUGGCAAGCCUUUUGCUGGAACCAACAACCCAGAGGAAGCAACUAGAAUUUUAGCUGAGAAAAGAAGACUUGCUCGAGAACAGAGAGAGCGUGAAGAGGAGGAAAAGCGAGAAAAGGAGGAGGAGGAGCGCAAGAAGAAGGAAGAACUGGCAAGAAGGAAAGCAGAAGAGAGGGCUCAACGGGAGGAAGAGGCACAAAUGCAGGAGGGUAUGCGAAAACAGAAGGAGGAGGAAGAACGUCAGGAAAGAGAGCGGAUGCUAUUACAAUUGGCAGAGGAGAAGGAGCAAAAGGAGAAGGAAGAGGCUGAACGCCUUGAGAAACUAAAGGAAGAAGCUGAACGUAUUCGAAUACAGCGUUUCCAGAAAGAGGAGCAAGAGCGCUCAGAGAGAAAGAAGCGCCUUGAAGAAAUAAUGAAAAGGACCCGGCGUAGUGAAGCUGGUGAAAAGCAGCCCAGUGUGCAAAGAAAUGGAGAAAUACCAGCAUCUCUUGAAAACUCAGUUGUACCAGCAUCCUCACAACAAGAGCAGGAGCCUGUAUUUAUCCAGAGUCCCAUGGAAACCCCUCGGAAUGGAGAGAUCCUAGUUUCUUCACAAAGGAUUGCCUAUUCUGUGGAUAGCACGGAGAAACAAACAAAUGAAAAUGGACUAUUCUCCCCAAACAAUAACUUCGAAGAGAUCAUAAACUUACCUAUUGGAACUAAACCAAUAAAACUUGACUCUUUGAACAAUGAAGGAAACAACAUCCAAGACAUUCCUUUGAAUCCCAAGUUAGCAUUUGAAGAACAGGCGACCCUUGUAACGUUGCCUCAAGUUGAUAAUGUACAGACACAACAAACAACAGAGGUCAUCUGAAGAAGGUAAAUAGUGAAGUAUAGAAAAGCAGCUUUUUUCCCUCAAGGAUUCUUCUUAAGGGAAGAUUAUUUAAAGGAUGGUUAUCACUGGCUAACCAUUUUAAGAAGGACCUUAUAUUGAAGCAAGAGCAGAAACUAUUUUGUCUGAGUGGUAACAUUAUAACAGCUGGGUAAAGAACGUUGAUUUUUCCUGUGUGGUGCAUAAAAUGGCUUCACCCCAUCAAAAGGCUACUGAACGCAAGAUUGUUUUCUCAAUUUUUUUACCUACUGCAAUAUAGCAAAGAAAGUGAUCAGAGACAUCAAAAUGGAUGGAACUUUUUUUAUCAGAACUAUCCAGUUUUAAACAUAAUUGUUUAACCUUCUAAUAAUCUUUUACACUGUACAUGGUUAAUACUUGAAAUAUACCUUUGCAAUCCUACAUUUAGGACUACUGAGGUGUUGAAUUUAAACCGUUUGGUUUAAAUUUUAUUGCUGGGAACCCCAUUAAAAGGGCCUACAAUGUUUAGUCUUUCUGUAUCAGGGUCUCUCAUGUGUAACUAGUGUUUAAAUACCAAACAGUGAAAUCCAGUUUUUAAUGGUUUCUAUUUUUUUUUUUAUUAUUAUUAUUUUUAAUUAAUGACAAAAUAUUCUAGAAAUGUCUGUGAAAGAGGCAUUAAUGAAUAAGGUGGGCACAGCAGAUUUGUGAGAACUAUAUUUUUCUCUAUUUGGACCAUGAGAAAAUAACUCUUAUACAUGCAUAUGCAGUGUCAAGGCUAGUAAUCACUGGCAUAGGGAAAUGUAGAGAUUAUAGAGCUGUAUUGUUUUUGUUUUUUGGUUUGUACUGUUUAUGAUUACCCAGUGUUCAAAUAGAAAAUUAUACUACACACAUUUUCUCAUACACUUCAAAUACCUGUUGUAAGAUAACAUAAAACAAAAGAAAGAUAUAUUGUAGGUUUUCACUUUGCUGCUUUUCUUACUUGUAGAUUUUUCUCUGCCUUAUUGAAAUCUUAAAGUCACUUAUAGUUAUGGAGGGGUAAAAAUAAAAUAAAUAUAUAUAUAUAUAAUUUUGUGCAAACACUUUUGCUCGUUUCAGAGCAACAGAAAAUUAUUUUUGUGUUUUUGUUUGUUUAAACUGUUAAAUUGAAUCUAUAUUUUUCAUGUAUAAAUUAAGAGGGUGACUUUAUUGUCUGCUUUUUUCUUUUCUCACAACAGUUUUCGAAUUUGCACACCUUUAUGAAUACAUACAAAGCACUGGUAAAUGAACAUGCACUCAUUAAUAUGUUUCACUACUGAACUUUUUAAUUUAUCAUUAAAUUAGUAUGGCUAUCAUUUUCAAGCAUCUCCUUACUAUUCUGAUCAUCUCAUCGAAGUGGCUAUGGUGCUUGGAGUCUUUUGCUGUCACUCUAUUCAGUUUUGAACUGUUCUCAAAUGCUUAAACACUGAAUGAGGGUGCCUGCAGCCUACCCCCUCCUGACGGUAUGGAUAAGGAGGAGUUACGCCAUAACAAUGCAUUAAAGAGAUGAAUGGCUGUAAUAGGCUGAGAGCAGUCAGCUGGUUCUCUCAGCCUAUCACUGCUGACCAUUUAUUUUUGAAUUAGUGCAGAAGCACGGCGUGAGCAGCAAAGGGAGGCCUGGCUGUGGGCAUCCGGGGACUCUCAUUCAGUGUCCAAAUUUUAAAAAUUGGUUUAACACUGAAUAGUGGAUGGCACUAGCAGACUUCAGGCACCAUUACUACUACAAUUAAAUGAUGUGAUUAUGGUGCCUAGAGAGUUCAUUUAAGGAUAUCCUAAUUUUAUCGCAAUCUGGUCACCAGAGAACCCCUUAUAUUGUGGUUCUAACACAGAUACUCUUCCUAUUUAACAAUAAUGUUUGGUGUCACAUUUGACACCGUAUAGCAGACACAACCCACAGUGUAAUACUUUGAAUUUGCUUUGUCUGUUUUUGUUUCAUUUUUGUCCUUCUGUCCAUGUAAAUAGAAGUUAUAUUUAAAAUGAAGUUCAAAUGAUGCCGUUUUUAUUUCGUUUAACCUAUAUAGCAUGUAAUUAAUGAAUAAAUCUGUUUGAAAUAAUUGAAA